AUGGCGCGCGUUGGCGUGACGGUCAGGGUGGUGCCGAGCGUGACGGCCGCGCUGCCAGCGGUGCAGCCGCAGCAGAGCCGCCCGCCUGCCACACUGCGGCUGCGGCUCAGCGGCGGCGUGUCGCACGACCUGCCAUGGCCGCCCGGCCCGAACGGCUCUGGCGCGGCAGCGUUCGAGGUCACCACGUCGCUGGCCGCGGUGGCGGGGCAGAGGCUCAAGCCGUUUGACGCCUACACCCUGGCGCUCUCGAGUGCAGCGGCUGUCCUGGAAACCUGCCACCAACCAGAGGGCAGCAGUGGCGGCACCGGCAUCGGCAGUGACAGCAGCAGUGACAGUGACGGCGACAGCAACAGCAACAGCAACAGCGGCAGCAACGGCGACGACGGCGGUGGCGCCAACAGCACCGAUGCCGCUCGGCACCACCCCGCCUGCACGAGCGUCCAGCUCCCAGUGCACAUCGCGUUCGUCGGCAGCACCGCGCGCGGCUUCCGCAUCACGACGCUGCCUGCGCUGCCCAGCGGCGCCGCCGCCACGGGCUCCGCGGGCGACCUGCUGGUCUCACGCGAGACCAGUCAGCGCACGCUGCGCCUGAUGGCCCUGAUAAUUCAAUGGGCUUUUGCAGGGUACGCUCUUGCGUGGGCCACCGGCGCGCUCAUGAGCCAGUGGGUGAUGCGUAUCGCCUUUGCUCGGGUGCACUCCUUGCUGUGA